AGAGUCACCUUGGCCCGCGCCGAAGCUCCUCUGUCCGACUGCUUCUCGGCGCUUCUCUGGUUGAAUCGAACUGUCGUAGAUGCUUCACGGCCACGGUGCUGCACUGCUUCUCAGUGACGACGACACCAUCAAGAGCUGCGAGGUGCGACGGUCCGUGCGCUGGCGCUUCUCUGCUCUAUUUUCCGGCGUUGCUGCUCCCGUUCGUCUGCUUCUUCUCUGCCACCAUCAGUCCCCGCGAAGGUUAGCCCCGCCACGGCGAAGCUCAGUUAGCAACCACCUCUGCUCAACUGCCCCUUUCCCUGUUCUCAAGCUCAGGAAAGAAUCUGCAUGCACGCUUCCCCUUUCCCUGUAUUGGAAGAUAUCAUUCGAUCACAACAUGCACAAACGACCAUAAAUUUUCUUAUCUGAGAAAAAUGUAAGGUUUCAUUUUCUAGGGAAUUGAUGGGAUUAUAGACAUAUGUACAAUAGUAGUACAAUGAUUUGGUGCUUGAAAUUUUCUAGGCUUUGCAAUUGCAAGCAUUAUUAGUAUUUAGUAAUUUGGUAUGAGGUAUAUAACUGAUGUUUGUUAGUCAAGGCCGCAAGGUUAACAGUUACUGCCAUGUGAAACUUUGGAGUUGAGCUAGGCAUCACAUGCGCUUAUGUUAGAGUAUGGAUAUCUGGAGUUGAUUAAGUGCUUCUCAGUGCCGUUUUUCAUCUCUAAAUGAAUUGCUGUGGUUUUCUUUGAAUAUGAGUAUCUUGAUAAGAUUGGGAUGAAUUGUCAAUUCUUUGAAUCAGUGACUUUCCUUUUGUUGAAAAUUAUAGUUGCAUUAGUAAAAUUGCAUAUAUGAUAUAUGAGUCCUUAUAAGAAUAAAAGGAUAAUUUUGGUAGACAUUAUACAUGCAAGAAAUGGUCAC